GGUGUUCAGACGGUAUGUACUGUACUAACCAGCGAUUGUACUGCAGCCUAUUUUCUUCAAUCCCAUGGCCAAGAGUGGUGGUGAUUCCUGAGAACAAAGAUAGUGUGUCUGAAUACUUGAGGAGGACUACAAAGCCCAACCUCAAAACACUGUGAAAAACAUCUUCCCUCUCAUAGCUUUCAAUCCAUCUGGUGUCAUCAUGGCCUGUCCCCCACCAGUUGAACAGACAUUAUGUCAGAGUGCCCUUGUCCUCCUCCUGCUGAGUGUAAGUGGUAGCCUGGGCCAGAAGGACUGUACAGGUGUAGACUGCCCUGAUCUGAGUAACUGUAUUGAGGAGCGUCUGGAAGCUGGGGCUUGCUGUACUACCUGCGUUCAGACUGGUUGUACCUGCGAGGGCUACCAGUACUACGACUGUGUCCAUGCCGGCUUUAAGAAUGGUAAUGUUCCCGAGGGGCAGUCCUACUUGGUGGACUUUGGGAGUACGGAGUGUUCGUGCCCGGAAGGCGGCGGCCGGAUUGGCUGUCACUUCAUGCCCUGUCCUGACGUCCCUGCCAACUGCAUCGAGGUGUCUGAGCCGGCUGACGGCUGUGUCACCUGCGAACGUAUCGGCUGUGUCCAUGACAACCAGAAGUACGAGGCCGGACACUCCUUUCACCUUGUUGCCUGUGAGGCGUGCCACUGUCCGUCCGACGGAGGUCAGCUGAUGUGCAACCCCGUCCCAGACUGUGAUCCCAGCAACCCCGGUGACCCCCACAAACCCAUGCUGGCCACCAUACAGGAGGGUCACCCUAGACGCCCUACAUAUCCCCCUAUCCAUCCCGACCUCACACAGGACACACUGAGAGAGACUGAGAGAGACAGACAUGCUAUAUCCCCCUAUAACACACAGGACAAACUGAGAGAGACUGAGAGAGACAAAGACAUUGAGACACAGGCGAUAGGUGUACCCCCCUACAACACACAGGCGAUAGGUGUACCCCCCUAUAACACACAGGAGACACAGGCGACAGGUGUACCCCCCUACAACCGUCCUCCAUACCCUUUCAACGGGCCAAAACUACCACCACCCAACAGCCCACACCUCCCCCCGUUCACGCCAGAUGCCCCUAUUCCCUCGGACCACCUGCCCCUGUUCAAACCAGAGCACAUGACUGAGGAUGGGGACUAUGACUACCCUACUACAGACGCAUCAGAACCCCCUGUGAAUGAUCUGGCCUACCCUACACCGUCCUCCUCUGUCAUCUCUGUCUCCUACCCUGGGACAGGGGCUACACAGCCGCGCCACGAAAGGGGUAAUAGUAAGAGCUACGAUAAGCCUAAUGAUUGGGCUGAGAACGGCUAUGGUAACAAGGGAUAUGAUAGUAGAGAUAAGCAGGAGCUCAGGGAGAUAUAUGGAGUCCAUGAGCCAACCACAGACAGUGUGGUUACAGACAGAGUAGGACUGAGAGACAGGCUAGGGCAGACAGACAGAUCUCAGCAUAUAGGUAGGGUGAAGCUGACAGACAAGCUAAAGAAAACAGACAGGUUGAUGACAUUUGGACUUUACAAGGCCACCACAGACGGGUUCGGAGAGACAGGCAGCCCAGUUACUGACAGCCCAGUGACAGUAGAACAGACCACUUCUAGCCAGCUUGAAGACACCACAGUAGAGACCACCUCCCGCAGUACCAGCUCCAGGSACCAGGAUACCACCUCGACCUGGAACAGACCCUCAGAGAGCCAGAUUCACCCUCACUCUCAAGGGGCCAGGGCUGGGGACGCACUGGAGAGCUGGGAUAGAGGGAUGGAGGGGGAGCAGGAGGAAGAGGAGGAGAGUGUAGCAUCAUUGGAGAAUACCACAGGACCUGGGUGGAGAGACGUGUCUUAUGAUGUAGAUUUGGAUAAACAGGGGAGGAGAGGAGGAGAGGAUGAGAGAGAAAGGAGUACCCCUAGCAACCAUGUGAAGGCUGCAGGUGUCAGAGAACCUGGAAGUCACCAGGACAACACUACAGUAGAACACAGUACUACAUCCCCCAGAAGGAAUCAGGACCGCACCACCCACAGGAAGCUUCACCACCACACCUUGACCAGGAAGCCUGACCACUACACAACCCCCAAGGAGUAUGAGGUCGACACAGACAGAACUACAUCUCCCAGACUGCCUGACCACCACACAGUCAGAACUACAACUCCAAGAGAGCUUGAUGUCCACACCGACAGAACUACAAUCCCAAGACAAGCUGAGCACCACAGCCUCAMCAGACAGCCUGAUGACCAUACCCUGACCAGGAAGCCUGACCCCCAUGCAGUCAGAACUACAACUCCCAGAGAGCUGAACCACCACACAACCCACAGACAGCCUGAUCACUAUACCCUGACCAGACAGCCGGAUCCCCAUCACCCAGCUCCCAGGGACCCAGAGCAGCACCGUACUCCUCCCAGGGUGAGAUUCAGCCCAACCAGCCAGCCUUCUCUCAGGGUAUCAGCUGAUCUCGGUCACCACGGUCACCACAAGCAGUCCCAGACACUAUUCAACCUGCAGAGCAAUGAUGCGGAGGAGCAUGAUGCGGAGGAGGAGGAGAGGGGAUAUGUUCCAGUCUUUCUCCCAAAGACUCAGGAGGCUGGUCCUGGUCCAUCUUCUCUCAAUGUGGUGGAGAGCUGCUGUGAGGUGGGCCAGAGAUGGGCAUCAGAGAACCAACACUGUAACAACAUGCCUUUGUUGAAGGACGAUAAACACUCUGUCUGCCG